AUGGAGUCACUGCCCAGUGGCGACUACUUCUACCCGGGUGAAUUCCUAGAUCCCGACUACCGCUGGGUGGGAAUGCAAGAAGUGGAAGUAAGAUCCGAACCUGUGGAGGAGGCAGCACCAGAAGCCGAGGAAGGCCUUCCAGGCAACGUCAGGCGUGAAGGCGACAUCAACCCUGAAGGCGUGGUGGACCACGACGGCUCAGGGAACCAGGAGAUCGGCGGUGGCGUCCAGGAGCUGGGGCAGCAGCACCCUGAACCGCCACCCCAAGGGGCAGCCGUUGGGGCUCUUCCGGUCUGUGGCAGGCCUCAAGGAGUCCCGCGCUCUAGGUUCACAGCGGAUCAGGUGCAGGAGCUGGAAAACAUUUUCCAGCGCACUCAAUACGUUGAUGGUCCAAAAAG